UAGGACUUGGGUCACACGAAAACCUGAUAAACAUGUGGCGGCACGGACCUGCUCGCUGAGAUCUCGGACUUUCUUAUGUAACAGCAGAACCACGCACUCAAUUACGUAACAGAACUGCACGUUCCUGCUGACCUUCGUUCUUUCCGCCUCGGUAACAGCGCGACGCUCCCUGGUGGCGACUCGUUUUAGCCGGGAUGCGUCGUUGCAGACGGUUCCUUAACUUUCUGAUGAAAUCUCACAAGGCACGAACGGAAGCGUUUCGGAGGCUAAAGCUCGGUUCUAGAAGGUAGACCAAGAUAGUGUUGGCACCAGAAGUGGGGGAAGGCGACUCCCUUUUGAUUAGAAAAACGACCUGGAGUGUUUCAACGCCAAUAUUUUAAAUACAUCAUUGCUUUCGGUUUGUCUAACCGCCAGGCUAACUGCUAAUGCUAAGCUAAUCUUCUGAAUUCACCGGCUACCUCCGAGCGCAGACGUCAGCCGCCGCCUUCCAGGGUUUUGGAUUUGGACGCCAUGGCUCCGUUUUCAUCUUCAGACCUGGAUCUUUUCUCGCGGCGUGACUCAAGUGUAUUUAACCUUUGUUUUUGCUCCAGUUUCGGCUCCGUCUUUACCAAAUUGACCACAAGCAUGAAGUCCAACCACCACUUACAGCAAAGCGCCAGCGCCGCGAAACUCCCCGGCCUCACAGUCGACGUCUCCUGGGUUCCCGCCGGCUGCGGCGAGGGGUCAAACAGCGAGUCCGUGUAAGCAUGUCUGUUUGAAAGACUAAUGGAAACCGGCCAUAACCGCCUCUGUUAACGUGGACAGCUGUCACCGUGCACACCGACCACAGGACGCUCCGUCUGCGGCUCCGUGUCCGCUUCUUAACUUUUCACACUAAUGUCAGAAAAUGUUUAGAAACACGAGCAACGAGCGGCGCUUAACGGGGGGGCAGAAGCCGGCUUCUUUGGCCGGACAUGGAGUCUCCUCUUCUGCGCUCGACGGCCAGGAAAGCUCGUGGAUCGGCCUGCUCUCCGUCAUGUCCAGGCCCGCGUUGUCAUUCCUGCAUAAGUAUGUGACGGGCAGUCCGCGAACCCCGGCCCUGUCCGAGGGAGAAGCCGACUGGGUCAGCGGGGAGUUAAGAAGGGGCUUGGACGAGGAGAGGGAGUUUUUGAGACAUUUGGACGAUGUGGUACCGACUCGUCAACUCGCUGUCCUGCUGUGUCAGCACAACGCGGCAGCUGGUGGCCUGCUGGAGCCAAUGCCUGGGGGCCCUGCGCUGUGGCUGAACGCUGAGUCGCUGCCGAGCGCAGAGGAGCACCGCUUUGACCCAAAUGGAUACUUGUCUUCCCUCAGGACUUUCCUCAGUAGUGUUGUUAGGCGUUCAUCUCAGGGAAUAAAGCCCACAGCAGGGAGGGAGUGGGGGCCCGACGGUCAACCCAGGACCUGGUGGGGCAGCUUCACACAGAGCGGCCUGUUGUCAGAGGUGUCCUGGGUAGAGGAGGUGACCGGUCGGCUCUGUCCUCAACAAGUGGCUGAGACAAAAGCCGCUGAAACAACCACCUUGUUUGUCCAGUGCAGCGACAGGGAUUCGACGCUGGGAGAAAACACUGGAGCAACUCACCACAAAGAUCAACUGGCUCACAAUGAAGGCCUUCACACUGUCCAGAACACCAGCGGGUCGACACCAAACCACAGGCUCGCCAUCAGCGAGCACCUGAGCGGAGCAGGAGCUGCCUGCUGUGAGGUGCUGUUUCUGAGCCCUGAUCAUGACAAUGGUUAUUCCAGCCUGGAGGAGGAACGUGUCCUCAUGUACGUUAUGACCGCCUCAGCUGAACAGUCGCUGACAGGUGUCAACACUGUUGAGGAACAGAAUUCUGAGAAGAGAGACUCUACAUCAGGGGGGAUGGAGGAAGUACCAAUACCCAGUCAGGAGGAUCAGUCUGGGCUUGAGCUUGUGCCCCCCACCCCUCAGUGCCAGAACAAAGCCAUUGCCUACAUCAUGGGAUGCCCCUGCAGUGACGACGACGACAAAGACAGCAGCAGCCGGUCAGAUGAGGAAUCCACUCGUGAUGAUGAUGAUGGUUUUGACAGCUCAUCUGAUUUGUCAGACAUCACUGAUGAGGAUGAAGACUCUGACAGCAAGAUCGACUCAGAGGCUGAACACUUGUGGAGAUCCUUGUGCCACAAUCCAGAUCCAUACAAUCCCCGAAACUUCAGUGCGUCGCUGCACACGGGCUGCACCCAACCCAGGACCAUCCCGUCCUCCACACCAGAGUCAUCCUCCCAGUCCACACCCCACUCCUCUCCUCCUGGUGCCAGUGAUGCCUGGGAUGACUCCACCUCUGCCAGUGAGGUGGAUGAAGCUGAAAGUCUCCACCUGUGGAGCUCCUUCAGCUGCUCCUCAGACCCCUACAGCCCCUUUAACUUCCAGGCACCGCUCAGGACACAAGGGCCCAGCGAGGCUGCCUGGGCCAAGAGCAAGUCCACCAAAGCCUCCCAACCUCCCCCCCGCCACCACCAUCAAGCAGCAUCUCCACCUGAGUACAGGAAGGAGGAGGCUGAGGAGAGGCUGGACAGCGGCUUCUCUGAGCACUCCUCCGGCUCCUCCGCCUGCCACAGCUGUACAUCAACCAAAAAGGUCCGCUUCAGUGAUGAAGUAGAGGAGUUCUUCGCCAGCUGUGGCGAGGAGGAGGAGGAGGAGGACCGGCGAGGGCCGUGGGAGGAGCUGGCUCGGGACCGCUGCCGAUUCCUGCGUCGCUGCCAGGAGGUGGAACAGAGCAUCGCCUACUGCCUGGCGCCUCAGCACCGUAGCCUGGUGUACCAGCGGCUCACCAUCCCCCAGGCCCAGGACCCCUGAGGGGGGGGCAAACUGCUUUUCAGGUCUAUGGGUGGACCAACUGACCUGCAGAACUCUAACCCAUCUAGUGGCUCCGCCUCAAACUUAGUCCACAUGUUUGUUUUUGGACUCCUUGGACUAAUUUAGGAAGAUUGGUGUUGAACAGACAGGUGGAGGAAUCUGAUCUGAGUGUUUUUGUGGUGUGAAGGGCUGAACCUAUGGCUCUACUGUGAGAGUUAAAGUAGAAAUGGUCACUGUUUUUGCGUUUUUUGUCCUGGAGACCAAGCAGUGUGUCCUGUUCGCACAGUUACGAAAACCAGUUUCACAUAAGAAUGACUGUGUUUUUAGAUUAUUCAUUAAUUUAAACAAAAACAUUUUAGUUUUAUCAUAGUUGGUUUAUCCUUUUUAAAGUUCCCUGAGCUGGACAGAAAACAUUUGGUUUUUAAGAGCCUCAACCUGAUCAUAUGUUGCUUCAGUGUUUUAUCAGCUGAACAUUCUGCUCUGUCCGCAGCUGGGUCACCGCUCACAUGAGCUUGGCUCAUGUCCUCAUUCAGAAACACUGACACAUAGUUUAAGUUCAACAAACCUGUGAUGUUUAAAACCUAUAUCAAGUCAAGAAAUAUUUUCUUGCCGUCCAUCACUAUAGCUCGACUCGUUCUUCAACCAGUGAAGACAUCAGACCUCGUGGUCCCUGCUUCAGCAGCCACGUGUUUGUUCUUCAAAGCCAAAGAGUGUUGCCGUCUGACAGGAUGAAUUGGGCUGAUAAAACCUGGUUCAUUUGCAUGAACCAGUAUAGAAACGUUCCUGCUCAGACCCACUAAUCACUGACAUCAACCUUGAGUAUUCUGCUUUUGAUCAGUAUGACACACAGCUGUUUAUUAGAAUAGAGUUCCCUUUAACCAGUCACCUGACCUCCGGAAAAUCCAGGUUGGGUUCGAUUUCGAUGCAAAAUGACUUUUGCUUUAACUAUGGCUCAACAGGCGACGUGACUCGGCCCAAUAUAGCACACUGUUUAGUCAACAGCCUAAAGGGAAACUCACUGUUUUACACUGAUCGCCUGAAGAACGCUUGGUUUCAUUUAUUCCAAAAACACUUUAUUUUUCUAAUGUUUGGUUUGGUGGGUAACUUGUUCUUCUCAAUUCUCACUAAAUAUUAAAAUAAAAAUCAGUAAUGAUCACA